UGGAUUUGUCAUGUCUUUCUGAGACCACCACGUACGUCAAAACAAUGCGACGAAAAACACAUGCGACGUAAACACAUGAAACGUGCGAUAUUUUGCUAAAAUUGAGUGAAAUGGCACCACCAGCACAGCAGAAAAUGAAGACCAAGGGCACAUUUGACGGAAAACGUGCCAAUAGAAACCAACCCUACAAUCGACCAGGGGGCAAGAAGAAGUGGGUCUCUGAGCACAAAGUAUUCGACGGCAGUAUUGGAGAAGGCCAGGGCUUUGCCUUCAAAAGGAAGGAGAAAGUGAAACAUGAAUACAACAAACUGCUACGGAAGGAGAGGAGGAAGAGCACAGAGGUCAAAACCCAAUAUACAGAACAGUACCCCGAACAUCUGAGGCAUCUCUACGAGGCUGAGGCCGAGAAACUGAGGAAUGAGGUUAAGACGAACAGAAUCAACAGAACCAAAGCUAGGAUGGCUGGCGGUGGUGGUCCAGUAGAGGAGGAAGCAGCUCCCAUGGCUGUGAAUGAAGCCCCCACGGACCUAGCUACAGCCAUAGACCCUGCAGAGGACAUCUCCUCUGACAAGACUGACUCUGCCCCACAGCCCACUCCAGCUGCAGCCUCAAAGAAUGACAGUCUACCCAUGAGUAACCGGAGUAAAAAGAAAAUGCUGAGGAAGACUUCCUAUCAGAAAACAAAAGAGGAGUUUGAAAGUGUUAAAGAAAAGCAGAAGAAUAAGAAAGAGGAGUUUUUGAAGAACAAGGAGCAGAAAGAAGAAGCUAUCAAGAAGUACAAACAGAAGAAAAUGGAGACAUUUCAGAUCCUGAGCAAAAAGACGAAGAAGGGUCAGCCCAACCUGAACCUACAGAUGGAAUACCUGCUCCAGAAGAUUCAAGGGACCGGGCCGGGAUAAUGACCCAGAAAAAUGGACGUCGGAGGCUUCAAAUAGCAAAUAUACAGUUGGAACUCUUACUGUGAUGGUUUUAUAUCAUAGAUGAGUCUUGUUCUUAUUUUGUGAACUGCCACUUUGAAUAGAUUGUAUCAUAAUAGAUUUUCAGACUUUUUAGCGGUUUAUUUACAUUUUGAACCACAAGGUGGCAUUUGUGAGAGCUGUUCUUGUAAAAUAUUUAAAUAUUAAUUUCAAAUAAGCAACAAUUUCUAUUAAAUGUUAAUAAAAGGUUGUAAGUGAA